CAGAAGCGACUGUGGGCCGGGGUUUUUACCUGUUUGUGAUGGAAGUCGGGGCUGAAGCUCUCUGAAUAUGAUCCGAAUUGCCGCCCUGAACGCCAGCUCCACAGUCGAGGAUGAUCACGAAGGAACGUUCAAAAGUCACAAAACCCAGACCAAGGAGGCUCAGGAGGCUGAAGCUUUUGCCCUAUACCACAAGGCCCUGGACCUCCAGAAGCAUGACCGUUUCGAAGAAUCUGCUAAAGCCUACCACGAACUGCUGGAAGCCCGCUUGCUGCGUGAGGCUGUCGUGUCUGGCGAUGAGAGGGAGGGACUGAAACACCCCGGCCUGAUGCUGAAAUAUUCCACCUAUAAAAAUCUGGGCCAGUUGGCUGCUCAGCGUGACGACCUAGAGACCGCCAUGGAGUUCUACUUGGAGGCGGUCAUGCUGGACUCUACCGACGUCAACCUGUGGUACAAGAUAGGUCACGUGGCCCUAAGGCUUAUCCGCAUCCCCCUGGCUCGCCACGCUUUUGAGGAAGGUCUCCGCUGCAACCCGGAUCACUGGCCUUGCUUGGACAAUCUCAUCACCGUCCUCUACACGCUCAGCGACUAUACAACUUGUUUAUAUUUCAUUUGCAAAGCUCUGGAGAAGGACUGUCAGUACAGCAAAGGCCUGGUUCUUAAGGAGAAGAUCUUUGAGGAGCAGCCCUGCCUCAGGAAGGACUCCUUCCGGAUGUUUCUGAAAUGUGACCUGUCGAUCCACAACGUGGCCGUGAGCGCGGCUGAAACGAGAGCCAUCAUAGAGGAAGUGGCAGAGCUGCGCCGGAAGAGACAGGCCCUGAUGGUGCGGGAGAAGGAGCAAGAUCUGAAACUCGUCCAGCCCAUUCCCUACUUCACGUGGAAGUGUCUGGGGGAGACGUUCCUGGCCAUGUACCAGCAUCUGACCACCUGCGAGCCGCCCCGGCCCAGUCUGGGCAAGAGGAUUGACCUCUCGGAGUACAAAGAGCCCGCCCGGCAUCUGGUCCUCUCGCCGACCUCCACGCCCGUCAGCGUCAUCCAGCCCAACCCCGGCAGCGCCAGCCCCGCGGCCCCCCUGGCCGAACCCGCCCUGACCUUCGCCCCGCCGCCCUCCAGCUUCGCCAUCCACAACCCCAGCCUGCUGGAGCCGGCACCGACGUUAGGUGACGUUCCAGGGAGCGACAAAUCCAAGAAAGCAGUGAAGCGGAAGAGGAUUUCUGACGAGAGUGGCGAGACCGCAAAGAGGCGAUCCGCCCGGGUCCGGAACACCAAGAGUAAAAAGGAGGAAAAGGUGGAUUUCCAGGAGCUCCUGGUGAAGUUCCUGCCGUCGAGAUUAAGGAAGCUGGACCCGGAGGAAGAGGGCGAUGCAUUUAGCAGUUACGAAGUCCAGUCGGAAAUCAAGCAGGAGAACAUGCAGACCGUCGGGCCCCACAGACUGUCGUUUGACUCCACGACGUUUAUGGAAUCCGAGAAACAGGACGUGCACGAGUUCCUGCUGGAGAACCUGACCAAUGGGGGCAUUUUAGAGCUGAUGAUGAGGUACCUGAAGGUAAUCAGCCAAAAGUUCUUGGUCAAGUGGCCGCCCGGCCUGACGGAAGUGGUCCUCAGUAUCUACAACAAUUGGAGGAAGCACAGCAGCAACCUGCCCAACCCCCUGCUGAGGGAUUGUAGCAACAAGCACAUCAAGGAUAUGAUGCUGAUGUGCCUUUCCUGUAUGGAACUUCAACUCGACCAGUGGUUGCUGACCAAAGCCAAGAGCUCAACAGUGUCUCCUCGGAAUUGUCCCGCCGGCAUGGCGACUGGCAGGUUUGGGCCGGACUUCCCGGGCAACCACUUCCUGGGCGACCUUCUCCAGCUGUCGUUUGCCUCCUCUCAGCGGGAUCUUUUUGAGGAAGGCUGGUUGGAGUUUGUGGUUCGAGUGUACUGGCUCAAGGCGCGUUUUCUGGCUCUGCAGGGUGACAUGGAACAGGCCCUGGAGAAUUACGACAUCUGUACUGAAAUGCUUCAGAGCUCGUCCGCUCUCCAAGAGGCUUCUGGGAGUGAGACGAGGAGCAUCCUCAUCAGGCUUCCCAACCUGCACACGGAUUCCGUGGUUUCACUCGAGGAGAUUGAGAAAAACUUGAAGUCCCUGGAACGCUGCCAGUCCCUGGAGGAGAUUCAGCGACUGUACGAGGCUGGGGAUCACAAGGCUGUAGUGAGCCUGCUCCGCCCAACGCUCUGCCCCAGCACCUACGAUCGCACCAAACAUCUGGAGUUGGUCAUUUCGAUUCCAGAGAGGCCGGCCCAGCUCCUCUUGCUGCAGGAUUCGUUGCUGAAGCUGAAGGAUUACCGACAGUGCUUUGAGUGCUCCGAAGUGUCCCUGAACGAAGCCAUCCAGCAGAUGAUCAACACGACGGAGGCCUCCGCCAAAGAAGAGUGGGUGGCCACCGUGACCCAGCUGCUCAACGGCAUCGACGGCUCCCUGUCCGCAGAUGGCAGCCUCCUGAAGGAGUCGGCCAUGACUUCGGCCCUCAUCCGGCUCACCGGUAACCUCAUCCAGGUCAUCGAUUGCAGCAUGGCCAUCCAGGAGGAACCCAAAGAGCCUUCCGUGUCUUCGGUGCUGCCCUGGAUCAUCCUCCACCGGAUCAUCCAGCACGAAGAAGACAAUUUCCGGAACCUUUGCCUCCAGCAGCAACUGCAGAGUCAAGGUGAAGAAGUGAGGCCAGACACCCCCAUGCUCCCUUCGUCGCUGAUGCUGCUGAACACCGCUCACGACUAUUUGGGGAGGAGAUCCUGGUGCUGCAAUUCUGACGGUGCCCUGCUCAGAUUUUAUGUGAGGGUUCUUCAAAAGGAGCUAGCUGCCUCCACGUCUGAAGACACUCACCCCUACAAAGAGGAACUGGAGACGGCCUUGGAGCAGUGUUUUUACUGCCUCUACAGUUUCCCCAGCAAAAAGAGCAAAGCUCGCUAUCUGGAAGAACACUCCGUGCAGCAGGUGGAUCUGAUGUGGGAGGAUGCUUUGUUUAUGUUUGAAUACUUUAAGCCCAAGACCCUCCCAGAAUUCGACAGCUACAAAACGAGCACGGUAUCGGCCGAUCUCGCCAACCUCCUCAAGAAAGUGGCCACCAUCGUCCCCCCGCCAGACAAGCCCAUGUUGAGUCUGGAUGAUGUGUCUGCCUAUAUCGAGGGAACAUUCAGCAAGGUGCCGUCGCUUCCUGAGGGAGCGGAUUGUUCGCCUCCGGUGGUGAAUGAGCUCUACUACCUCCUGGCCGACUAUCACUUCAAAAACAAAGAGCAGUCCAAGGCCAUCAAGUUCUACAUGCAUGAUAUCUGCAUCUGCCCGCACAGGUUUGAUUCCUGGGCGGGGAUGGCCCUGGCCAGAGCAAGCCGGAUCCAGGACAAACUGAACUCGAACGAGUUGAAGAGUGACGGCCCCAUCUGGAAGCACUCAACGCCCGUCCUCAACUGCUUCAGGCGUGCCUUGGAGAUCGACAGCUCCAACCUGUCCUUGUGGAUUGAGUUCGGAACCACGUCCUACGCGCUGCAUUCCUUCGCCUCCCGCCAGCUGAAGCAGUGGAAACUGGAGCUGCCCCCCGAGGUGGUGCAGCAGAUGGAAGAGCGCCGAGACAGCAUGUUAGAGACGGCCAAACUGUGUUUCACUUCAGCCUCUCGCUGCGAGGGCGAUGGGGAUGAAGAGGAGUGGCUGAUCCACUACAUGCUGGGGAAGAUCGCGGAGAAGCAGAAGCAGCCCCCCGCCGUCUACCUCCUCCACUACAAGCAGGCCGGCCACUACCUGCACGAGGAGGCCGCCAGGUACCCGAAGAAGAUCCACUACCAUAACCCGCCAGAACUGGCCAUGGAGGCCCUGGAGGUGUAUUUCCGACUCCACGCGUCUAUUCUGAAGCUGGUGGGUAAGCCUGACUCAGGGAUAGAAGCCGAGGUUCUGGUCAACUUUAUGAAGGAGGCUUCUGAGGGACCCUUCGCCAGGGGUGAGGAGAAGAACACCCCCAAAGUGGUUGAAAAGGAAAAGCCAUGCACGGUGGAUGAGGACUCGCAUUCGUCUGCUGGGACGCUGCCGGGUCCUGGGACCUCCCUGCCGUCCUCGUCCGGCCCAGGUCUGACAUCCCCACCUUACACAGCCACUCCGAUUGACCACGAUUACGUCAAAUGUAAAAAACCCCAUCAGCAGGCGACGCCGGACGAAAGGAGCCAGGACAGCACGGCCGUGACCCUUUCGGAUUCCAACUCCACGCAGGACAUCUUUCCCGAACCAGCUGGCAACCAAGAUGGCUCCCGGAAGCCGUACCCCGAGAAGAAGGGGCCUGGUACCUGCUCGCAGCCGGGGCCAUCCAGUAAAGAGACCCAAGGGGUCACCGAGGACAGAGGGAGGACAGAGGAGUCUGCGGAGAUCCCGGAAGCUUCCCGCGGAGCGGAGGCUCAGCCCGUGCCUGUCGGCCCUCCGGCCAGGACCGCCGUCCCUCCCGCCCUGCUCUGCGAUGGCAAGAAGAAAGCGGAGCCUUUGGGGGACCCCUCUGCCUUCCUCCAGGGUCUCCCCCGAGACCCGGGAGAGCAGCGCAGGUUCCUCACAGAGCAAUGCAUCACGUCUUUCCGCCUCUGUCUCAGCCGCUUCCCCCAGCAUUACAAGAGCCUCUAUCGGCUGGCCUACCUGUAUGCCUUCAGCGAGACCCACCAGAACCUCCAGUGGUCUCGAGAUGUGUUGCUAGGCAGCAGUAUCCAGUGGCAGCAACUGAAGCACAUGCCAGCACAGGGUCUCUUCUAUGAGAGAAACAAGACGAAUUUCUUCAAUGGAAUCUGGCGUAUCCCCGUGGACGAGAUUGACCGGCCGGGCAGUUUUGCAUCUCACAUGAACCGCUCCAUCGUGCUGCUGCUGAAAGUGCUUGCUCAGCUCAAGGACUAUAACACACUCUUGAAAGUGUCGUCUAUGCUGCAGAGGACCCCAGACCAGGGAAAGAAGUACCUGCGGGAUGCAGAUCGCCAGGUUCUAGCCCAACGGGCCUACGUCCUCACGGUCAAGGUGCUGGAGGAGACCUUCGACGAGCUGACGGAGGAGGUGUCAGAAGAGCCAAGUCCCAAGCCCAGCGGGCCCCCGGGAGGAAGGAUGACCACGGACGUCUCCAACAAAACCAGCGCGGAAGACGGGAAAGAGGUCCUUCCCAGAAAGCCCGCCCUGUCCGAUGGAGCGGGGCAGGGAGCCGAGAACGGGGGAAAGGUGGCCACCCAAAGCCACCGGCCCCAGGCCCCGGCUGCAGCGGACCCCGGGGACAAAAGAGACGGCAAGGAGAUGAAAGACGUCUCCAGGUCCGGCCCGCCCGAACCCAUGGAUCUGGACGUCUUCUCCCCCGAGCCGGAAAAGGCCGACUCUUCCCUCAGGCGCUCCGAGGCGGACCGAGGGCAGCCUGGUAGGAAUGUCAAGGACAAGGGUCCCGAGAGCCGGACCCAGAGCGCGGAACUGUCCCUGGAGGACCUGACCAUCAGCUCCAAACAGCAGCAGCCGCAAGCUAGGGGAGCGGCUCAGGUCGGCCCCACGGAAGAACCCGUCCUGAGGCCGAGCCGGAAGAGGAAGUUGCUGGAGGAUACCGAGUCUGGGAAGACCCUGCUCCUCGAUGCUUAUCGAGUGUGGCAACAGGGUCAGAAGGUUAUGGCCUAUGAUUUAGGCCGGAUUGAGAAGAUCAUGUCUGAUACUUACAUGCUGAUCAAGCAGGUGGACGAGGAAGCCGCUCUGGAGCAGGCAGUCAAGUUCUGCCAGGUGCACCUCGGCGCUUCAGCCCAGAGACAGGCCUCAGGGGAUACACCCACGACCCCCAAACACCCCAAGGACACCAGGGAGGGCUUCUUCCCAGCGACCCCCGCGACCCUGCAACCCGCUCCCCUCCACCCCGACCCCGCGACCUCUGAAAACCUGCUACGGCUGAACGAACUGCCGUCCAAGCCCAAGACCUCCGCCACCGCCGCAGCCUCCUCUUCCUCCUCUUCUUCCUCUUCCGCCUCUCCUGCCGGGCCCCCCGUGCAGAGACCUCCCAAGAAUCCCGAGCCUCUCCGGGCCCAGAGUGCUGAGGCUACAGCCAGCAUGGCCUACUUGGCCCGAGAGGAAGAGGAGUUGGACGGACCCCUGGAUGGACUCGGAUUUCAGCCGCAAGAGUCCUGCCUCUGUCAGCAGAUGAAAAUGGCCACCGUGGCUCAGUCGUCGGAAGCCCACCACUGGCAAACAGAGCCCACGAGGAACCUGAGCACGGGGCACGAAGGCACCUCAGCCUCCAGCUCCAAGCCAGACCCCAGCAGCAGCCCUCAGCCCUUGGGAAGCCAGCCGAACAAGGCAGACUCCACCCGGGCCAAAGCCCGAGUUCUGCCCACCAUGCCAAAGCUCUUCAUCCCCUCAUCCAUGACCAAGUUUCCCCCCGAGAUCACUGUCACCCCUCCAACACCCACCCUGCUUUCCCCAAAGGGCAGCAUUUCAGAGGAGACGAAGCAGAAAUUAAAGUCCGCCAUUUUGUCGGCCCAGUCGGCAGCCAACGUGAAGAAGGAGAGCCUCUGUCAGCCGGCCUUGGAGAUCCUGGAAACCUCCAGCCAGGAGUCCUCGCUGGAGAGCGACACGGACGAGGACGACGACUACAUGGACAUAUGAUUGGGCGGGGGUCUAGGGAGGCCCCAGGGCAGCUGUCCCACCACCACCCUCCUCGUUGCCAGCGCCACUGCCAGCGGCAUUUUUUCCUCUCUUCCAGCAUGACCCUGGCCGCUCUUUCCUCAGCCUCUCCCCUCUCCGACGGGACCCGGCCCGGCCACCCGCCCCGCCCCCACCCCCCAAUCCACGCCAGGGCGGGUCAGACUGGACAGCUAAGGAUCAUGAAGCUGUUGAUCCGCCUGGGCCCAGACUUUCCCCCUCAGGUGUCCUUAGUCUCUGGAACUACCGAUUUGUCUCCUCCCCGGUUUCCUUAACAGAUGACCGAGAACCAGGCCAGGGAGUGACCACCGGCCUCCUCCGGUCCACAAGGAGAUGGAUGCUCUCUGUCGGGGGCAGAAGUGCCCUGGAACUCUGGCCAGGAAUGUUCGUCCUCAGCAAGCCAGAGUUUCCAAGCUAGUCCGGGAACCUAGCGACAGCCGAAAGGGCCCUUACUGGAUGGGAAACAGGGGCAGAGUGCAGUCAAGUGAAGCUUAGCCUGAGGUAACCUCUUGAGCCAGAUUCCAGCCAGGAUCGCCCUGCCACCCUUUUCCAGGUCCUCUCCCCCGAGCGGGCGAGGUAGGGGUUUUUACGGCCAAGCGGGUGUGUGGCUCCACACCAUUUCAGGACUGAGUUUUUUUUACCGAAUGACACGAGAAGACAUUUUUUAGUCUAGGCCAAGAGGGAUUAAUCAGUUUAUUUAUAUGGAAAAAUAAUUGAAGAGUAGCACACAUCCUUUUUUUUUCUACUGAAUGUUAACUUUGUAAAAUAACGAAUGCAAACGAUGCAAAAAAAAAACAAAAAACAACUACAUACCCAAUUAUAAUAUGCAUACAGCUUGCUACCUUGGGUUUUUCUUUUGUGUUUCUGAGGAGUUGUCGUUUUGUGCGGGGCAAGAGGCCCCAACACUUUCUCAAAAUAAAGUAGAAACAGUCUCACUGC